AUGGGAAACGCUCCUGGUGUGGGAAUUACAGCUCCUGACAAGCCCCAGAAAGUCAAAAUGGCGGCUAGAAGUGGUUCUGGGGCCGAGGCAUCGGGGCUAGUCAACACCCUCCAAGGCCAUAUCGAUGAUAUUCGCACUCUGAUACAGUGUGGUAUAUGCAUCCGUCCUCUUUACGAACCGUUCACUAUCGCCUGUGGGCACACUUUCUGCUAUUCAUGUCUAUCAUCAUGGUUUGCUGGUGGAAGAUCAAAGCGAACAUGCCCGGAUUGCCGAGCACCCGUCAAAACACAACCAGCACCAGCUUAUUUGGUCCGGGCAGUUGUGCAGAUGUUCACAGGGCGAGCUGAGCUUUUAGACAAAGGGGAAACGACUAUGGAACACUCAAAGAAUCAAAGGGACGAAGCGGAAAGAUUGGACCUGGACAAGGCUAAUAGCCAUCCAACAGAAGGAGGCCUGUUCGGAGGACUUUUCAAGCCGAAAGAACCCCGGCUCAAACCUAUCACUGACCCGCAUGAUGGAGUGGUCCGAUGUCCGCUCUGCUCAUGGGAACUUGAAGAAGACAAUUGUGCAGGAUGCGGCUACCGAUACCGGCCUGAUUCCGAGGAUACAGACGACAGUGGGUCAGCUGACUACAGUGAGACUGACCUAGACUCGCUGGAUGAUGGCGCAGACGAGGAUGAGGAUGAGGGCGAAGCAGGGGAAUCUGACCACUUUGACGACAUCGAGGACCAUGAUGGCGUUUGGGGCAACUUUGCGCUUCAAUGGUAUCGGUCUCCCUUCCCUGCACGCAAUAACUGGCCUCCAGGCGUAGCGCCUGGCCGAUUUUUUGAUCGGCUCGAAAACUUGAUGGAUAGCGGACCUGCUAUGAUCCCAAUGCCCCCAGGGGGCCUAGUGGAUCCUGGUAACUAUCUCGCUUCAGGUAACACCAAUGGGAGUGAAUACGACGAAGAAGAGGAAGAUGAAGAAGAGAAUGAGUAUGACGAAUUAGACUCAUUCAUCGAUGCUGAAAACGAUCAUCCGCCCACGAGUUCUUUCAUUGAAAAUCAGAGUGGCGAUAUGUAUGAAUCGGAAUCAGACCGUUCCACUGGCACCGUUGUAGAUGAUGUACAAGGUGAUCACCAUCACCCACCGAUUGGGCUCAAUUACAGAAAUACCACACCUUACUUUGACGACGAGGCUUCAGAUGAUGAGGAGGAGGAAGAGGGAGAGGAACUUUCAGCGGAAUCGGACGAUAGAGAGAUGGUCGAUGAAGACUCAAAUGAAUCCGAAUCUGACGAAGACGCAAUUCAGACUGCGCCGCCUCGUCAAGCUAAUUCACAAUAUCCACGCCAAUCCCCCUGGUUCCAGGCCCCCAGCGAUGCUCCAUGGCUUGCGGCGAGGCCUCCAAUACAAAUUCCUGACUCAUCUGAAGAAGAGGAAUCCUCGCCACCUAUUAGGUCUGGAAGAUCCAGUGCACGCCGUCCCAUCCAACACGGGACCACUGCUCAUGAGGUGAUCAACCUUGAUGAUUCCGACGACGAUCAGCCCGUCGGUCCAGUGAGAAGAACCACACAGAGGCGACGUGCCAGAUUCUCUCCAUAUUAA